AUGCCGGAAGUGAGCAGCGCUGUGGAAUCAGCUGGCUGGAAACGUCCCGGCAUGCAUCAGAGAGCCGGGCAGAACAAAAGCUGGACAAGAAGACUCUUCAACCCCUCCUACUUCGAAGGCGACGUGUACAGGGGCUCUGCUGGCCAGAUCCUGGCCCUUCUGCCUUUGCUGCGGUGGUACGGUAGCAAAGUGUGGAGCCGUGUCCAGCCCCUGGCACAGAUCGUGCAGAGUUUCCUUCUGCUCUGCUUGUGCGCCGAGAAGGUGCGGCAGGUGGUUCACACCCGAGCCUUCGAUGCUCUGGACCAGGCUCAGCGAGCCCACCACAGAGCAUUCGUGGAGUGCUAUGGCUCACAGGAGCUUCGGCCUAAGCAUCACCAUCGUCUGCAUUUGCCGCAGCAGUACCUCCGAUUCGGUUGCACCCCGACCUGCUGGCCUGCAGAAGCGAAGCAUCAGGACUUCAAGAAGUUCUAUGCCGAAGCCUGCUCUUCGCAACUUGCAAAAAGUCGCGAAGGCGGGUUCUGCAUCGCCGUGCUUCCACGCUUGCUGCUGCGAAGCAUCGAACUCCUAGCGGAAAACCCUCCUCUUUUGCACGGGGCUUUCGAGCUGCUGGAACCCUUUUCGCAAGAUGAAGUCUUUGCCGCAACCGGUGUCGCUGAAUGCUCACUGGCUUCCAAGUGCCGGGUGGCCUUGUUGGAGCUAUGGCACGGCGACAUCUUGCUUUGGGGGGCGGAACAGCCUCAAGGUGGUCUCUGCCGCUUCUUCCUGCAAAGAGACGGAGUGCUGCAUGUGGCCUUCGAGAUGCUCGACUUGCAGACCUGCCUGCCAGAGGAAUAUGUCUUCCGACGAACGAAGACUACUCGCAUGCUUCGCUUUUCUAAUUUAGUCCACCCGCGACUUCCUCAGUGGCUCUGUCAGGAACAUGACCGACUCGUGUGCUUGCCGUGA